UUGGUCGCGAUUUUCUCUUCGCGUGCUUGACUAAAACACCAAAAAAAAACCACUUUCGUGAUGGAGUCUUGCGAAAUGAGCUUCAUUAAAUACGUUUUAUUUAUUUUCAACCUGAUUUUCGCCAUUUCAGGAAUUGGGAUUAUCAUCGCGGGAGCCUUGGUGUUGUCAGAUGUCGGCGAUUUCAAGUAUUUCAUGGAAGAUGAGAUUUUGGCCCCGCCGAUUGUCUUAAUUGUUGUGGCGGCGAUUGUUUUUCUCGUGGCCUUCUUGGGCUGUUUUGGGGCAAUCCGCGAGUCCUACAAGCUCCUAAUUGCGUUUGCUGUUUGUCUUUUGGUCAUAUUUUUCGUCGAAAUGGCGGUCGGAGUCGUUGCAGCGAUUUACAAAAAUGAUUUUGGGGAUGCGCUGAAAAACGCGCUGAAAAAAUCGCUUGAAAAUUACUCGAAAAAUGAAAUGGAUAAGAUUUCGUGGGACAACGCGCACUUGAAGCUGAAAUGCUGCGGAGUGGAGGGCCCCGACGACUGGCAGGGCCAGCCCUUGCCCUACUCCUGCUGCCACGUGGACGACGAGCUCUCCUCCACCCUCAACUCCUACUGCAUUAACGUCGCCAGAGGCAAAUAUUUAUACGAAACCGGCUGCUACGACCAACUCAAAAUCAAAAUCCACGAAAACACCAACAUCCUCAUCGGGGUGGGAAUCGGAAUCGCCUUCAUUCAGAUCGUUGGGGUUAUUUUGGCCUGUUGGUUGGCACACACGAUAAAAAACGAAAGCGGGGAAAAAUGAGAAGAGACCAUUGUGGAUAUUUACGACCAAAGGAAACACAUUUUCGUCUACUGACAAAUGGGGUGUUUCCGUGUUUCCUUUGACCCACUCAAGGGGCAGGUCACCGAACCAACUUCAUUUGCAUUUUGGUUUUUUCAGCAAUAAUUAAUUCUCUAAAGGGCUUCGUGUUAUAUGAA